ACGAGUCGCAGCGGGGGCGGAGGAGGGGGCGUGGCGUCCAUUGUUCCACUCCAACGCGCGAAGAAGAUCACCUCCGUGGAGCCCGCAGCCAAUCAGCGGCCGCCCACCUCCUCCAGGCUCCGCCCCGCAGCCUAUAAGAGCCGCUCGGCCGGAGCCGCGUCGGCCACUGGCACAUCACAACAGUGCGGAGCAGCGAGAGGAUUUACUUUAUUCAACCUUUUCAUUUUCAACUCCUUUACUUUUCUCCCGCUAAAACAAUGGCCGACGCGAAGGUGGACUCCGGCUCGGACCUCUCUGCCAAGGACCUGAAGGAGAAGAAGCUGCUGGAGAAGGAGGAGAACGGCAAAGAUGCUGCCACCAACGGGAAGGAGAACGAGGAGAACGGCGAGCCCGAGGUAGACGACGACGAGGAGGACGAGGAGGUGGACGAGGAAGACGAGGAGGAUGAUGGAGAAGGCGAAGAAGAGGACGAGGAGGAGGACGAAGACGAGGCCGAGGGCGGCACAAAAAGAGCGGCCGACGACGACGACGACGAUGACGACGACGAGGACGACGUCGAAACCAAGAAGCAGAAAACCGACGACGACGAUUGAUGCGUUUUUCCCGCCGCCGCCAUCCUGCUGAACCACUUCCUGGUUCUUCACCUCUGACUGUUCUUUUGUAAAGGUCACAGGUGGAGGAGCUGGAGGACUUAAAGGAGAAAAAAAUAAUAAUAAAAAAAAAUCCAACAUGGUCAUUAGCAAGUAGAGUUCAACACACACACACAUCCACCACGUCCACACACCAACCGCAAAUUGUCCCGAGGAACCCGAACGCCACGUCGACGCAGGAAUCCGGCUUCUCUUCAACAACAACAACACGAAAAGGAGAAUUUGUUUGUAUUUUUAUUUACAUUUUAUAUUUUUGUACAUAUUGUUAGGAAGGGGGUCGGUUUCUAUAGACCCAAUCGGUGCUUCUCUAACGAAAAGAUUUUACUUGGUUGACCAUGUUACAAAUAUCUCGACGGAUCCUAGAAAAACAAAAACCUGUAAAAAAAGAAAAGAAAAAAAGUCGUGAACGAGAACCUCUUCAGCCGUUGAACUCAGAGCAUUCCAGUAAAUGUAAUGUAUGUACCUUAGCUGUACCAUAACUAGUUUGUCUGUAUGGGAGGGGAAGGCUUUUCUUUUUCCUUUGGAUUUUGUUUUUGUCAGCGACUUCGUGUUUAUGACGGCCUGUUUUCAUGUAUGUGCGAAGUUUGUUGUUUGACAAUAAACCGGACUUUUAUUUUGUGAGUUGUA